AUGGCGGUGAAUACUCUCGAGAGCGAACAAACGACGACGGAAACAUCGACGACGAUGAAAACGCUUUCGAAAGCCCCGAAGGCGGCUUUGAUGAUGUUGAUGAUGUUCGUCGGCGUCUUUUCUGUCGUUGCAUUGUUCAACGAGAGAAUGAUAAACGUGCUCUUCCCCGAAGGGAACAUCGGCAUUCGAGUGGUGAUGUUGGGAACAACAGCAAUCGCGAUGACUCUUGGGUCCGCUUUUGUGUUUUACAAGAAGAGAAAGAGGAGGAUUUGUACCGCGACGACGCGCGCGGGCGACGGCGCGAGGAGCGACGCGGAGAAUAACGGUAACAUCGCAGAGAGGACAGAGGAAAAGAAGAACAAGGACGAGAAUAGCAUGAAUAAAUCGUCUUCUCAACCGGGAUCGCCGGUAACGCCGCCGCAGUCGUCUUCGAAAACGUCUGCGUCGAACGCGUUCAACUCCGCUUCCGGUAGUAAAAAAGGAAGCAGGAACAAAGGCGGCGCGAAGGAAGUGAAAAUCGACGACGAAGCGUUGGAGGAGUUCAAGUUGCAACAAGAGCGUCUCAAAAACGAACGAUUGGAAAGAGAGAGGAUGAUUUUUGAGAGAGAAGAGGCGGAGAGAAUCGCUCGAGAGGCAAAGGAGAAGGAGUUGAUUGAAAAGAGACGAUUGAGAGCGUUGGAGCACGAGGCGGAGUUGGAAAAGUUACGGUUGAAGAGGUUAGCGGAGAAAGAGGAAGAGGAGAAGAAAAAGUUAGAAGAAGAGGCGAAGAGUAAAGCGAAGGAGAGCAGUUACAAUGCGAGCAACGAGAUGCAUCAGCAACAUAACGUGGCCGAGGCGCAAAUGUAUCAGCAUCAACAGCAACAUCACCGAGGAGGAGGACCGACGAGUCCGAAACAGAUUCCGUCGCCGCACUUUAACCUGCCGAAACCACCUCCGGGUCCGCCACCCGAGCAUGUCGUGCGUGCCGUACGCGCGAAGCAGCAAAUGACGUCCGCAACUACGUCUGUUAAGAUGAACGAGACGCCGUUGCCUCCGAUGGCGCCGAUUCAUCUCGACGAGUUGCACAAGGACAAAGCCGCGCAGAGAGAAAUUUCAAGAUCCGCAGUUGGACCACCUCCUGGAUUUGGUAGCAUUGGAGGCGGCGAGCAUCUUUCAAUUGGUGGUGAAGAUAGAGGUCAUCAGCCGGCGCAUUUGCUUGUCCAUCAACGCACGGAUUCGUUCGCUUCGGACGGAGCGUUGAACGACGUUUUGGGCUUGACGUUCUCCUCUUUGGGCGACGACGUGUUCGGUCCAUUUGACGACGACGACGACAUUGCAAAAGUGCGUCAACCGAACGUUACGGGGCAACCGCCGUUACCACCUGGUCCACCGCCAGCGCAACCUUUAGCAGCGCAACAAAUGCCGAACAACACGGAAGUGCGAGAAUGGCUUCGCAUGCUCAACUUGGAACAAUUCGCCGAGAUUUUCGAACGAGAAUCCAUCGUGAUGAGCGAUUUAGUCUUGCUUCGCGAACGCGAUUUAGAAUCGUUAGGAUUACCUCUUGGGCCAAGGAGGAGAAUUGCAGCGUCAGUAGCGUACAUGUCCACAACCACAACGGCGUCGACGAAUACGAAUAGUGCUAAUACCGCUGCUACUACCAGUGGCCCGCCAAACAGUAGUCCGACUCCGCCUCUGCCGCCACUGUCUUUGUCGUCGCGAGGCGCAGGGCACGACAGAUCUCCCAGCAAAGAUGGUUUUUUGCAUCAAAACCAAAUGUUAUACCACGGGUACUCGGCUUCUGAUGGUUUGUUCGAAGUCGACGUGGAUGAUCUCGUCCCCGUCGUCGAAGAAGAACCGAGCAUAAAAGAACCGUCGCCGAUUAUGGUUGAAGCGGCGGCCAAGAUCAAAAUCGCCUCGGCGACGAUGAAAGUGCCGCAAGAGUUUUACGAUUGCAUCACGUGCGAAGUUAUGUUAGAACCAGUCAUCACGAGCGACGGUCACUCGUACGAUAGAAACUCCAUUGCGAGAUGGUUGGAAAAGCACGACACGAGUCCGAUCACUGGCGAGAAAUUGGCGCAGAAAAAACUGACGUUGAAUCACUCUUUGAGAAGUUCAAUUUUAGCCUUCGCGGAUGAUUACUGCGCGCCUUUACCGAGAGAAUAA